UCAACGGCACCAAAACUCUCCACCCUCAAGACUCCCCACCAAAUAAUCAGCCAUGGGUCGUAUGCACGCUCCCGGAAAGGGCAUUUCGUCCUCCGCCCUCCCUUACCGCCGCACCCCCCCUUCCUGGCUCAAGACCACCCCUGAUGAUGUCGUCGACCACAUCGCCAAGCUCGCCCGCAAGGGUCUUACCCCUUCGCAAAUCGGUGUCACUCUCCGUGAUUCGCACGGUAUCCCCCAAGUGCGCUUCGUCACCGGUAACAAGAUCCUCCGUAUCUUGAAAUCAAACGGUCUCGCACCCUCCAUCCCCGAGGACCUUUGGCACCUCGUCAAAAAGGCUGUCGCAGUCCGCAAGCACCUUGAGACCAACCGCAAGGACAAGGACUCGAAGUUCCGCCUCAUUCUCAUCGAGUCCCGUAUCCACCGUCUCGCCCGGUACUACAAGACGAAGCAGCAGAUCCCUCCUUCGUUCAAGUACGACUCUGCCACCGCCUCCACCCUCAUCGCAUAGACGCCUUCCUUCUUUUGCGCUUUGGGUUUUGUAGGAUUCUGGGGGCUGAGGAUAGUUGGCGUUGGGCUGUCAGGUGCGGGUGUGAGCUGGAAGAGGGGGAGAACUUAUUUUUGACAUGCUGCUCAUGCCUUUUCUCGUCCGUGUAUGCAUAUGCGUUUUUGGUCGUAUUCCAUGCCUCUCCAUCACACACCUGGCAGGUUUUCGCAUCCAAUAUCGCUCGUGACCAGCGUCUGCUCGCGACCAGCGUCUGCUCGCGACCAGCGUCUGCUCGCUAUAACUCAAGAUAUCUUGUAAAGUGACAAAGAGGUCCUUAUUCAUCGGAAAUAUCUUGC